AUGGUUAUGGCAAUGCUGUGCUGCAUGGCAGGGCUGCUGACCCUCGUGUUGGCGGUAUUGGUGGUCUGCUUCCUCCUCGACACAACCCUCAGCUGGAAGCACAAGGCCACGUACUACGCCUGCAGACGAAAGGUGCAGCGGGUCCAAGAGGCACUGAUGAAGGGCAAGGAGGAUCUGGCCCUGUGCCCAUGCUGUGUGGAAUGCACCUCGACCACACAAUCUCAAAAGAAAGUGAAGUUCAUUUGCGGCCACGGCUACCACCUGCACUGCGUCAACAGGUGGUUCCACGAGAAUCCAAACUCUGUGGGAUGUCCAGUCUGCGUCGGCCAGCCCGAGGAGCUGCGAGAGCCCAAGGCGCGGAGAGGGCGGGUCUGGCGCGACGGGAGCGGGAAUGUGAUUGCCCGCGAGACGAGGCCCAAACCUUCAUCCUGCACAGCCUUCACAGACGAUACCCCGCUAUCAUUACCAAGGAGUGCAUCCACAGCUGGGAAGGGUGCAAUGCGGAGCUGUGGCUCACAGAGCUCGCUUGCCCUCGGUAUAGCUCCAUUUUCAACAAGCUCUUCAGGCCCUUCAGAAAAUGAUGAUGCCGGCCCACCGGUCAGGUUGAGAAAGCCAGCGUGCUUGUCGGACCGCGUCGGGUCACAUCUCAGUACCACCUUGGCACCUCAUGCCUCAGCUUUUUUAGCUUCAAGCGAGGCACGCAUGCCAACAAUGCGCAAUGCGCUCACUUCGCGCUUGUACUUGGCCGGAUUCUUCGAUGGUCUGGGGGCUGUGCACUCCAGCGCAAAGGGCUGCGCCCUUGAGAUCACAGCGCGAGACAGACAGGUGGAGCGCGCCCACAUUUCAACUCGAGGUGGACAUGAUACUGCGGUGCUCGACCUGUUCCUGCGCCUUUAUGGCGGCUGCCUGAGAAGCACCGAGGGCCCCAAAGGCACCGCAGCGCUGAAGUGGAGCAUCUCCGGCCCAGAGGCGCAGCGAGCUGCCGUGGCACUGCUGGCUGCGGCGCAGGCGAAGCGAGGGCAGCUCUUCUCGGUGGCCUACUGGCCACAGGGCGCACACGGGAUGCAGGGGAUGCACGCGACACGUUGGAUGCAUUGGAUGCGGCCAGCCAUAUCCUGGCCAUACCUGGCCGGACUGCUCGACGCCGUGGGCUAUAUACGCCCCCCUUUGCUUGUGGAGGUCCCCGGCAGUGCAGAAGUCCUCGAGUUGCUGCACGACUUUCUGUCGUCCGCUUCGUACGCCUCCAGUCUGCGGCGCUUCCGCCGCAGUCGGCUCCUCGUGGAUGGCGCGGUGCUCCGUGAGCUGCCGCGUUUCCGGCCGACUUCGGACGCUAAGUCCUUCGACUUCGAUUCGAUGCGCAACGAGGCCACGGGCGCAGUGCACGUUCUGCCGAGGGAGCGCAGCUUCCAGCGGCUCCAGGACUUCUGGGCGCGCCAAGAAGAGACGCAGCGGAUCCGGGGGCUCCUGGAGCUAGGACUGCACGACACCGACUCGGAUUGA